AUGAAUUCACCAUUGUUGACUUUGGAAAUUGCUUGUUUGGGGAUUUUCUUUGGUUUCUUUGCUCUCAUUGUUGAGUCUCAACCGAAUGUGAAUCCUCCACCGCGAAUUACGCCGCCUCCUCCGCCAUUGGGUCCGCCCUCUCCAUUCGUUCCGUCACCUCCACCGCCGCUAUUGAGUCCGCCCCCACCACCGCCACCGCCACCACCGGCUCCGCCCCCUCCAUUCCUUCCGCCUCCGCCUCCACCUCCACCUCCACCUCCACCUCCAACUCAAUCACCACCACCUCCCCCGCCCAUGCCUCUCAGUUCUCCCUCGCCAUCUCCAAGGAAACGCCUCUUCCCACCUCCAAACGAAUCACGUCCACAUUUGAGCCCCCCACCGAAGAAAGAUAAGCUAAACACGGGGAAAAUAAUCGGGUUAAUGUUCGCAGGAAUAGCAGGGAUCUUGCAAGUGUGUGUUGUGGCAUUCUUGUUGAUUAGGAGGCGGCAAAUUUUAAAGGAAGAAGGUGUUUAUUGA